AUGGAAAUUGCUGCGAUUGACCAAUUUGACGAACUGCCGAGGAUCAGGGGCGACAAGCUCCGGCGCUUCAAGAACGGCCAAUUCAAGAAAAUCGACUACCUCGAAUUGCUAGGCAGGUCUGACGACGACGACGCAUUGCCAGACGGGGACCACGGCUACGUCUUCCGAGUCCUGAUUGACGGCGACCUCUACGCGCUGAAGAUUUUUCGAUUCUUCGACGUGGAAGAAGCGCUCGCCAUGCUCGAUCCCGCGGGCAGGAGCUGCGUGUCCGCCGAGGACGUUGAGGGCCAGAAGGACCCGUUCUACGCCGAGUGCCGGGCGUACGCGCGCAUCGCGUCCAAGAAGCGAAAGCGGCCCAUCGCCGUCGCCUGCCACGGCUUCGUCAGCAUCCCGGCCAAGCAAGAAGCCGUCCUCGCCUGGCGGUUCGGCAUUGCCGACUGGAGCCGGCCCGAAGAGCAGCUCUCCCUGCCCCCGGCGCAGCAGCAGCCGCUCCGCGGGCUGGUCAAGGACCUAGUCGAGGCAGAUCCUGAGGUCACGGAGGCAUUGGUCAAGGCGAUGCGCCGCGAGCUCAAGGCGCUGAAUAGCCUGCGGAUAUAUGUCAUGGAUGUCAGGUGGGACAACUACAAGGGCGGCCAUCUGGUGGAUUUCAGCUCGGCCUGGACCGAGCCGCAUUUCGAGUUCCGCAGGGACGUCAACUCCAAGGAGGACAUCGAGCUCAACCGGCAGGUUGACCUGCAAGCUUUUGACAAGAUGGUGGGCGAGCUGGGUAUGGAGGGAUUAGCCAGGGCCAAACCAGACUCUGCCGUGAGUUCACGGCUGCGGCAUCGACGGGGCAGAGAAGGGUGA